UGAAUCUACAAUGCCAAUAAAAAUUCAAUUAUACUUCAAUUUCUUAUUAGUUUUAUCAUUCGCGUAUGGCAGGAGUCUGGAAACAAAACAAAUUCUUGACAGUAUAAUAUCUGAAACCUCUGUAAAAUAUUUAACCAAAUUGGCGCAGGUUUUCGCAAAGGAGGCAGCUGAAACUUUCAUUAAGGAAUUAAAGAAUAAGGAACACUUAUUUAAUGAUUCCAUGAGAGCUAAGGUCUUUAGCAAGACACCAGGUUUUAAACAUACGCCUACAGCAACCCAAGAGAGUGUAACAAACGAUGAUAUAUUAAAUGAAGAGAGAGCUUAUAAACUUUUGGAGAAACCCUAUCCAGAUGGUGAUCAUUUAGGAUGGCACUCUCAAGAGAGCACCUUUGAAGAAGAAGAUCGCAAAGAGACGCGAUUUCCUGUGCACGGAUUAGUGAAAGUUAAUGGAGUUUAUUUGUGAAGAUUGCUAGGCCUUGUAUGAUUUUACUAUAAAUCGUUUAAAGUAAUAAAUGAGGUGACGUUAUCAGGUGCUUUUUGAAAUAAAUGGGUUAGUUUUAUGUUAAAUAUUACAAGAAAACAAAGUCAGGCAUCGACGUAAUUUAUUGACAUAUUAUCCUCAUUUGCUAGGUACAACAAAAACUAUCGACCUUUGAGAACAUUAUGGAGAACUCUCAGGCACCUAUGCAGGUUUCCU